AUGGUGAAGUCGUGUGUGACCAGCAGGGAGGCCGUCCCCCCUCUGCCUAUUUUCUCUCACGCAACAGUAUCGGGCAAGACUGUGUACGUCUCUGGCAGCAUCGGAUGCGACAAGGACUUCAAGCUCGUCGGCGGGCUAGAGGAACAAACACGCGCAGGGAUUGAGAAUAUGCUCAAGAUCGUGCGAUCGGCCGGGGCGGACUUGCAGAACAUCCUGAAAGUGAAUAUCUUCCUCACCAAUCUCAAGGAAGACUUUGCGCCCAUGAAUAAAAUAUAUGCAGAGUACUUCUCCGAGCACCCGCCCGCGCGGACAUGCGUCGGCGUCGCAGUCUUACCGAUGGGUGCAAGCUUUGAGAUUGAGUGUAUAUGCGAGCUUCCUUGA